AUGCAUUCGAAAUCCAAUCCAAGUUUCGACGACGCGGCAUCCACUGGAACGAGGACCAUGAGUGUAAAGACACAGACUGAAGUUCGGGACAUCACACGCAUCGAGCGGAUUGGCGCGCAUUCGCACAUUCGUGGGUUGGGGCUCGACGACGCGUUGGAACCACGCAAUGUGAGUCAAGGCAUGGUCGGGCAAACCGACGCGCGCAAGGCGGCUGGGAUCGUCUUGCGCAUGAUUGAAGAGGGCAAGAUUGCAGGGCGCGCCAUUUUGUUGGCAGGAAAACCUGGCACUGGGAAAACGGCAAUUGCCAUGGGGAUUGCGCAGGCGUUGGGCGAAGACACACCGUUCACAACAAUUGCAGGAAGUGAAGUGUUUUCAUUGGAAAUGAGUAAGACCGAGGCGCUCACCCAGGCGUUCAGACGGUCUAUUGGGGUCCGCAUCAUGGAAGAAACCGAGAUUAUCGAAGGUGAAGUCGUCGAAAUUCAAGUGGACACCCCCACUGGGGGCGCAGGUGACAAGAUCGGGCGAUUGACGUUGCGCACGACGGAGAUGGAAACAGUGUACGACCUUGGAGCGAAAAUGAUCGACCAGUUAACCAAGGAGAAGAUCGAAGCGGGAGAUGUCAUCACGAUCAACAAGGAGAGCGGCAAGAUUUCCAAACUCGGCCGGUCUUUCACUCGUUCCAAGGACUACGACGCGAUGGGACCUCAGACACGCUUUGUUCAGUGCCCGGAAGGCGAACUUCAAAAGCGCAAGGAGGUCGUUCAUGUCGUGAGCUUGCAUGAGAUCGACGUAAUCAACUCGCGAUCCCAAGGAUUUCUGGCGCUGUUUGCUGGUGACACGGGGGAAAUUAAGGACGAAGUACGCGAACAAAUCGAUACCAAGGUGAGCGAAUGGCGAGAGGAAGGCAAGGCGACCAUUGUACCCGGUGUGCUCUUCAUCGACGAAGUACACAUGCUCGACAUUGAGUGCUUUUCGUGGCUGAACCGUGCCUUGGAGAGUGACCUGGCGCCUGUCUUGAUUAUCGCGACAAACCGAGGCAUCACUCGCAUUCGCGGCACCAACUACAAGAGUCCGCACGGCAUUCCGAUCGACUUGCUGGACCGCUUGAUGAUCAUCUCAACGAAACCGUACAGCGAGUCGGACGUUCGCAAGAUCCUCAACAUUCGAUGUGAAGAAGAGGACGUCGAAAUGACCGAUGAUGCCAAGGACCUUCUGACACGCAUCGCGAUGGAAACGUCGCUACGGUAUGCGAUCCACGUCAUUAUGACGGCGUCUUUGGUGUGCACGAAGCGGAAAGGCACGGAAGUCGAUGUGGCCGAUAUCAAGAAAGUUUAUUCACUCUUUGUGGACGUCAAGCGGUCGACCCAGUUCUUGAUGGAGUAUCAACACGAGUUCAUGUUCAACGAAAUCGACGAGGACGACGAAGACGAAGACAUGGCGUAGGGAUUCUUGACUCCUCCACCACCUUGUGAAUAAUAAACUGACGUACCGACCGAUACGAGUACGGUGCAAAGUCACCUCUUUCACUUCACGUGUGCUUCAUCCGGGCUCAAGCCUCAUGCGUGCCGGAGUCGAGAGCCCGCCAAGGCGCGACGGUUCACCCACGCUUUCCGUGUGCUUCAUUUAGCAACCGAUGCAGCUGCAUGGAAUCCUUCACGCGCGCCGCCCGACCGCGGCCGGCCGGUGUGGUUUUGCGCGCUCUUUUGGGAGAAUU